AUGGCGAGAGAGCAGCUGGGAGUGCUCACCGCGCUCGACGCCGCCAAAACCCAAUGGUACCAUUUCACCGCCAUCGUCAUCGCCGGCAUGGGUUUCUUCACCGACGCCUACGACCUCUUCUGCAUCUCCCUCGUCACCAAGCUCCUCGGCCGCAUCUACUACACCGACAUCACCUCCCCCAAGCCCGGCUCCCUCCCUCCCAACGUCGCCGCCGCCGUCAACGGCGUCGCCCUCUGCGGCACCCUUGCCGGCCAGCUCUUCUUCGGCUGGCUCGGCGACAAGCUCGGCCGUAAAAAAGUCUACGGCAUGACCCUCGCCGUCAUGGUCAUCUGCUCCGUCGCCUCGGGCCUCUCCUUCGGCAAGAGCGCCACCAGCGUAAUCUCCACGCUCUGCUUCUUCCGCUUCUGGCUAGGGUUCGGCAUCGGCGGCGACUACCCUCUCUCCGCCACGAUAAUGUCCGAGUACGCCAAUAAAAAAACACGCGGCGCGUUCAUCGCCGCGGUAUUCGCCAUGCAAGGGUUCGGCAUCCUGGCGGGAGGAAUCGUCGCACUCGCCGUCUCCAGCGCGUUCGACCACGCGUUCAAGGCCCCUACGUACGCCGCCGACAGGGCCGCCUCACUUCCCCCACAGGCCGACUACGUGUGGCGGAUCAUCCUCAUGUUCGGCGCCGUCCCCGCCGGUUUGACUUACUACUCCCGCAUGAAGAUGCCGGAGACCGCCCGCUACACCGCGCUGGUCGCGAAGAACGCGAAACAGGCGGCCCACGACAUGUCGAAGGUGCUCAACGUUGACUUAGAAGCCGAGCAGGAAAAAGUCAACGCGAUCACGGAGGAUUCCGCCAACAAAUUCGGACUGUUUUCGCGCCAGUUCCUGGCGCGACACGGGCUCCACCUCCUGGGGACCACGUCCACGUGGUUCCUCCUCGACAUCGCGUUCUACAGCCAGAACCUGUUCCAGAAGGACAUCUUCACCGCCAUCAACUGGAUCCCGCCGGCGGCGACGAUGAACGCGAUCCACGAGGUGUACAGGAUCGCGAGGGCGCAGACGCUGAUUGCGCUCCUGAGCACGGUGCCGGGGUACUGGUUCACCGUGGCGUUCAUCGACAGGAUGGGGAGGUUCAAGAUCCAGAUGAUGGGAUUCUUCUUCAUGACGGUGUUCAUGUUCGCGCUGGCGAUUCCGUACCACCACUGGACGCUGAAGGGGAACCAUAUUUGGUUCGUGGUGAUGUACGCGCUGACGUUCUUCUUCGCGAACUUCGGGCCCAAUGCGACGACGUUUGUGGUCCCCGCGGAGAUUUUCCCUGCGAGGCUGAGGUCGACGUGUCAUGGGAUAUCGGCGGCGGCGGGGAAGGCUGGGGCGAUUGUGGGGGCGUUUGGGUUUUUGUAUGCGGCGCAGUCGAAGGAUCCGGCGAAGGUGGAUAAAGGGUAUAGUACUGGGAUUGGGGUGAGGAACUCGCUGAUUGUGUUGGGGUGUAUUAAUUUCUUGGGGAUGGUUUUUACGCUGUUGGUGCCGGAGUCGAAGGGGCAGUCGCUAGAGGACUUGACCGGCGAGAAUGAAGAGGAGGUGUCGGCUGGAACGGGUACGGCUGUGAAUCCCGUGUAA